AUGGCGGCGUCCGCGGGUUCCUCUUCUGCUGGCGGUUCGGCGGCGGUGCGGAUGCCGCGGUCGCCGCCGCUCAAGGUGCUGGCGGAGCAGCUGCGGCGCGACGUGGAGGGCGUCCCGGGCGCGUGGCGGCUGGGCGGCGGCGAGGCGCGGCUGCGGGACCCGAGCGGGGCCUUCUCGGUGCGCGGCCUGGAGCGGGUGCCGCGCGGGCGGCCCUGUCUCGCCCCAGGGACAUAUGUGAUGGUAAUGGGAGUGGUUCAGGCCUGCAGCCCUGAGCCCUGCCUACAGGCUGUGAAGAUGACAGAUCUUUCUGAUAAUCCCAUCCAUGAAAGCAUGUGGGAGCUGGAAGUAGAAGACUUACACAGGAAUAUUCCCUAGAUAAUGUCAGAACCGUCCUUUAAAACAACUGAAAUUCUGAAACAAUUUAGGUUCUUAUAACCAUGUGGAUUUCAUGGACAUCGUUCAAUGCAUUCUCAAAAGUUCCUCAGAGAGCUUCGCUAUGGUUGACCAAGGAGUCUGGAUGUAGGAAUUUUUAAAUGCUGGGAUCCUUCAGUUAACACAUCCUCCACCACCCCUUGCUUUGACUGUGUUUGCUGAUGAAAAGCAGAUGCUGUGUUCUUUUUUCCUUUUUGGUUUGUGUGUGUUAAUUCUGUCUCUCUCUAAAGCACACAGAAAUCUCAUGUUGCAUUUUCCGAAUUUUACGAGCAAUGAUACUUUUUCCAUUACUGCCCUGUUUUACGAUGCAAAAUUCGAAUCUCAGUCAUUGCCCAGGGUGAUUUAAGUGUCGUCAUGGGCAGGAAAACAGACUGCGUAAAAAAGGAAUGACAUCACAGCUCCACAUCGUCUUUAUAAACUUCCUUAUCCAGCUUGUAAUCAAACGGCAUUUUCUGACGGCAGGCACAAGUGGCCCCUCAAAGAUUCAGCUUUCUUCCUGCUUUGGACACCACUCAAACAUUUAAGGUCCAUUUUCCUUAGAUAUGAAAGAUACUACCUUCUUAGUAGACAAUGUCUCCUUCACUCAGAGACAUUGAGACAUUUUCAGAAUACCUUGUUGAAAUUUAAAAAUUAAGAUUGGGAACGACUUUCAGGCAUUCACUAAACUUCUGCUUCAUAACUUUUGGCGAGACACUGCAAGGGAGCAGCCUCCUGGAUUAGAGUUCUUAUGUGUUUCUGUAUGGAAUGAUUUUUUGUUGUAAUUGUAUUGAACGUUGGGUUUCUGCUCUGCUUAUUACCCAUGCCUGGUUUUUCUUUAGAUUGUAAGUAUUGAGGAGGUCAGAUUAUGUUCUGACAUUGCUGGAGAGUUUUGCCUGGAUUAUUGAUAUUCUGCCAGUAAUAAAUUUUCUUUAUGUGCUGUA